AUGUCUGAUUCGCAUCUGCGUUUGCUUUUUCUCUCGCUAGUCUUGCUCUGUUGUGUCUCUCCUUCAAGCCUCUCUACUUUAGAGAAUCGUGUCGCUUGUCGCCCCCACCAAAUUCAAGCUUUCACGCAUUUCAAGAAUGAGUUUGAUACCCGCCAUUGCAACCACAGUGACGACCUUAAUGGAGUCUGGUGCGAUAAUUCGACGGGUGCUGUCACGGUUCUACGACUCAGGGAUUGUCUCAUUGGAACCCUGAAGCCCAACAGCAGCCUCUUCGAGUUUCAUCAACUUCGUCAUCUUGAUCUCUCUAAAAACAACUUCGCCUCCACUCCACUCCCUUCCAAAUUCGGCAAUCUCAACAAAUUAGAGGCCUUGCGUCUUUUCUCUAAUGGCUUCAUAGGUCAAGUUCCUUACUCAUUUAAUAACUUAUGUCAGCUUUCCUAUUUAGACCUUUCUUAUAAUCACUUGUCUGGAACUCUGAAUCCCAACAAUAGCCUCUUUGAGUUGCACCUCCUCCGUUACCUCAAUCUCGGUUACAACAACUUUAGUUCCUCACUCCCUUCCGAAUUUGGCAAUCUCAACAAAUUAGAGGUCUUAUCUCUUUCCUCUAAUGGCUUCUUCGGCCAAGUUCCUCUCACAAUUAGUAACCUUGCCUCGUUAACCCAAUUUUACCUUGACCAAAACAAGCUCACCGGUAGUUUCCCACUUGUACAAAAUCUAACUAACCUCUCCAUUAUAGGACUUGCUAGUAAUCACUUCACUGGAACCAUUCCUUCUUACCUACUUACGUUGCCUUCCUUAUCAGCUCUUGAAUUGAGUAAAAACGAUUUCACUGGUUCUAUUGAAGUUCCCAACUCCUCUAUAGAGAAGAGAAUGAAUUGGGAAUUUGAUGAUUCUAUUGAUUGA